AUGGCAUCAGACCCGCACCAAGGAGGCCGUCUUGAGGACAUGGCCGCAAAGGGCACUUCGAUUCCUGGUGACGCUGGAAAGAUGAACGUGGUGUCACCUUCUUCUCACCCAGAUCAGACCCAUACAAAUAUCGCACACGCAGCGGAUAAUGCGUUCGAUAUCCCACGCAGUGUCAACGACCACGGACAGACAGGCGAGGUCAUGACCGGCACUGGUGACCAGUUGCCAUCAAGUGUGGAGAAGAAGAACCUAGACGACGCAAACUUUGACCCUAGAGCAAAGGGUCACGACCAAUAUGCGAAGCACGCCCGACAGGAUAAUCCCAUGGAUAGCUUGAAGCAUGGUGCUGGCGACCAUAAUGUAGAGGCUGCACCGGGUGAAGAAGAAGAGAGUCAGGAUGCGCUUCUGAACAAGAGAGGCGCGCAGUAG